GAGGAGUAAGGUGGACGCGGUUGUGCGCAGGCUCAGACCACAGAGUGCGCAGGCGCAGUUUACAGCGCAGUGCUCAAGGCGACGUGGCGGGCGGGAGUACGGAAGCCGCUGGGAGAAGCUGCUCUCACCGCUACUCUGAGCAUCUCCCUGCUGCGUGGAGCUUUUCCUGGCACCAUGUUGAAGAAGUUCGACAAAAAGGACGAGGAGUCGGGUGGAGGCUCCAACCCCCUCCAGCACCUGGAGAAGAGUGCAGUACUCCAAGAGGCUCGGGUCUUUAAUGAAACUCCUAUCAACCCUCGGAAAUGUGCCCACAUCCUCACCAAGAUCCUUUACCUCAUAAACCAGGGGGAGCACCUGGGGACCACAGAAGCAACUGAAGCGUUCUUCGCCAUGACCAAGCUCUUUCAGUCCAACGAUCCCACACUCCGUCGCAUGUGCUACUUGACCAUCAAGGAGAUGUCCUGCAUUGCAGAGGAUGUCAUCAUUGUUACCAGCAGCCUGACCAAAGAUAUGACUGGGAAAGAAGAUAAUUACCGUGGUCCCGCUGUGCGAGCCCUCUGCCAGAUCACUGACAGCACCAUGCUGCAGGCUGUCGAGCGCUACAUGAAGCAGGCGAUUGUGGACAAGGUCCCCAGUGUCUCCAGCUCUGCCCUUGUGUCUUCCCUGCAUCUGCUGAAAUGCAGCUUUGAUGUGGUCAAGCGCUGGGUGAAUGAGGCCCAGGAGGCAGCAUCCAGUGACAACAUCAUGGUACAGUACCAUGCACUAGGACUUCUGUACCAUGUGCGGAAGAAUGACCGCCUGGCCGUGAGUAAGAUGAUUAGUAAGUUCACCCGGCAUGGCCUGAAAUCCCCCUUUGCCUACUGCAUGAUGAUUCGAGUGGCCAGCAAGCAGCUAGAAGAAGAAGAUGGCAGCCGUGAUAGCCCACUGUUUGACUUCAUUGAGAGCUGCCUGCGUAACAAGCACGAGAUGGUGGUAUAUGAAGCUGCCUCAGCCAUUGUCAACCUGCCAGGCUGCAGUGCCAAAGAGCUGGCCCCCGCCGUGUCAGUGCUCCAGCUUUUCUGCAGUUCGCCCAAGGCCGCUCUUCGCUAUGCUGCUGUGCGCACCCUCAAUAAGGUGGCCAUGAAGCACCCAUCAGCAGUGACCGCCUGCAAUCUGGAUCUGGAAAACCUGGUCACAGACUCGAACCGUAGCAUCGCCACAUUGGCCAUCACCACCCUCCUCAAGACAGGGAGUGAGAGCAGCAUUGACCGCCUUAUGAAGCAGAUUUCUUCCUUCAUGUCAGAGAUCUCAGAUGAGUUCAAGGUGGUGGUUGUCCAGGCCAUCAGUGCCCUGUGCCAGAAGUACCCUCGCAAACAUGCCGUGCUCAUGAACUUCCUGUUUACCAUGCUAAGGGAAGAGGGUGGCUUUGAGUACAAGCGCGCCAUCGUGGACUGCAUCAUCAGCAUCAUUGAGGAGAACGCAGAGAGCAAGGAGACAGGGCUGUCACACCUGUGCGAGUUCAUCGAGGACUGUGAGUUCACGGUGCUGGCCACCCGCAUCCUGCACUUGCUGGGCCAGGAGGGGCCCAAGACCAACAACCCCUCCAAGUACAUUCGCUUCAUCUACAACCGUGUGGUCUUGGAGCAUGAAGAGGUUCGGGCAGGUGCAGUGAGUGCCCUGGCCAAGUUUGGAGCCCAGAACGAAGAGAUGUUACCUAGUAUCUUGGUGUUGCUGAAAAGGUGUGUGAUGGAUGAUGACAAUGAAGUGAGAGACAGAGCCACCUUUUAUCUGAACGUCCUGGAGCAAAAGCAGAAGGCUCUCAAUGCAGGUUAUAUCCUAAAUGGUCUGACUGUGUCAAUCCCUGGUCUGGAGAGAGCCCUGCAGCAGUACACACUGGAACCCUCCGAAAAGCCAUUUGACCUCAAGUCUGUGCCUCUGGCCACUACCCCUAUGGCAGAACAGAGACCAGAAAGCACCGCCACUGCAACAGUCAAACAGCCGGAGAAAGUGGCAGCCACUCGGCAGGAGAUUUUCCAGGAGCAGUUAGCAGCGGUGCCUGAGUUCCAGGGGCUCGGGCCCCUCUUCAAGUCCUCACCUGAGCCAGUGGCCCUCACUGAAUCAGAAACUGAGUAUGUCGUUCGUUGCACCAAACACACCUUCUCUGACCACUUGGUGUUCCAGUUUGACUGCACGAACACCCUCAAUGACCAGACGCUGGAGAAGGUCACAGUGCAGAUGGAGCCCACGGAGGCAUAUGAAGUGCUCGCCUAUGUGCCUGCCAGAAGCUUGCCCUACAACCAGCCUGGGGCCUGCUACACACUAGUGGCUCUGCCCAAGGAAGACCCCACAGCUGUGGCGUGCACAUUCAGCUGUGUCAUGAAGUUCACCGUCAAGGACUGUGACCCCAACACUGGAGAGAUUGAUGAAGAAGGCUAUGAGGAUGAAUACGUGCUGGAGGAUCUAGAGGUUACCGUGUCUGAUCACAUCCAGAAAGUCAUGAAAGUGAACUUUGAAGCAGCCUGGGAUGAGGUCGGGGAUGAGUUUGAGAAGGAGGAAACAUUCACCCUCUCUACUAUCAAGACACUUGAAGAGGCUGUGGGCAAUAUUGUGAAGUUCUUGGGAAUGCAUCCUUGUGAAAGGUCAGACAAAGUGCCAGAGAACAAGAACACUCACACGCUGCUGCUAGCUGGUGUGUUCCGAGGUGGUCAUGACAUCCUUGUGCGCUCCCGGCUUCUGCUUUUGGACACAGUGACAAUGCAGGUGACAGCCAGAAGCUCAGAGGAGCUGCCAGUAGAUAUCAUCUUGGCAUCUGUGGGUUAAAGGUCUGGCCUGAGCUCUGUUCCUACCUUUUCCAACACUACAUCAAAGUCGCUUCUUCCCAGUGAAGCCAGUGGAAACCCUUCCCCACAUCUCUAUCCAGAAACAAUCAAGAAUCAAUACAGAUUUUUUUUUAAUUGCAUCCUAUCAUUCAGGAAUGCUAGGGUAGAUUUCGUCACCCUGUCUGCAAGGAGACAUCAUAAGUGAAUAAAAUGUUCAGACUUCUCGGAUAUUUAUCCCCAAGGAAACUGACUCAUUCCUGUAAUAAGUCAGCAUGUAGUUCUUAAAUAACUGCUUCUUCUGCAGGCUCGUGCUCAGGGCCUCCACCCUUCCUUGAAGCCUCCCCUCACCAAGAGGAGCAUGCGCUUAUCCCUUUGGGACUGUGUCGGUGCCAAGCUUAGGAUGUGUUAAAGGCUAGCUGAGUGACAACAGCCAGCAGGUCUGACAAGCCAUUCAUCGUCAGGCAUUUAUAGAUAGAUGGUUCUCCAAAGGACUGAGGUCCUUCGCCUGGGUGUUACCCGAUUAUCCCUGGCUUCGAGGGUGUCCAGAGGUUCUGCUCUGGGCCAGUCUGUGAGAACAUAGACUGACUUUCUCUUUGGCUGGAGAGUAAGAAAUCCUACAGUAUGCCUCAAGGGUCUUGGGCUUAAACUCAAAUCAGGUGGUUUUAAAUUGUUGCAACCACCAGUAGAACUUGUUUCUAAGAAGUGGGCCUCUGUGGGGCUACUGAGAUGGCUCAGCAGGUAAAGGCCCUUGCCGAGACUACCUACGUGGUAGGAGAGAACCGUUUCCCACAAGUUGUUCCCUGGCCUCAUGCACACCGUGCAUGCAAGCGCACAUACACACACACGUGCACAAUAGAACAUAAGCCUGCACCUUUAGGCCAGCCCAUACCCUCAAGAGACCAGCCACACUUGAGCAUAGUUAUGAAGCUGUCUUUGCUAUGGCCUCACAGUAGUAGUCCAUGAUUUAUGGUCCUGGCUCCUCCAUGUGCUUGGUCAUGCCUGCUGUGUUGAACUAAAUCAUGCGAUGUGAAAUUUCCUGUCACCCCUAAAAGGUUAUAAAGAGCCAAGGUUCUCGUUUGUUUGGAGGGAUUUGCUCAGGAAGGUGGCCUGAAGGCUGCUCCGUACAGACAUUCCUCUGACCCCCACCGGCAACCCCCUUCUGGGGACUCAGGAGCUGCUCCUCUGGCCUGGCAUCUCUUCCCUCCUUCCUUCCAGUCCUUAAUAAAGGGCCUUUCCAGGCUUUAAAGGAAAGCCUAGCCUUCCUUUUAAGGCCCGGCUUGCUUAGACCUCCACCAUUGUGUUCUUUCUGCCUAAUACCCUCCCCUCUACCCCAAGGCCUGAUCAUAGCCUGGAGGCCAUUCCAUUCUAAUAAACCUCUGGAAAGAGAA